UCUUCAGUGAUUCUCACAGACACUCACUGUUUCUUUCUUCCUUCUUAAAUCUUUAUUCUUCCACUCUGAAUGCCUCUCCUCCACCUGAUAACUCUCAAAACCCCAGUCCCUUACCAUGGACCCUCCCUACUCCCAAUUUCCCCUCAGAGCCCUAGGCUGGCCCACCCCAUUAUCCCGCCAAUCCCGCGAUCCGUCCUCAGUUGCAGAGGCGUCGGAAUCCAAGUCUCUCCCCCGGAGCACGGCUCCGGUUCUAAGAACGGUGUCGUGCAGCAGGAUUGGAAACUGAGGGGCGUCGGAGUCAAAGAUAUAGACGUUGCGACCUUGGGAAAUCUCUGCGUAGAUAUUGUGCUCAGCGUUCCCAAGUUGCCCCCGAAAAACCUCCAUGACCGCAAGGCUUAUAUGGACCGGUUAUCGGCUUCACCGCCCGAUAAGAAAUAUUGGGAAGCUGGUGGUAAUUGCAAUAUGGCAAUAGCAGCAGCAAGACUGGGACUUCGUUGUGUCUCAAUUGGUCAUGUGGGUAAUGAACUUUACGGGAAUUUCCUCCUAGAUGUGCUUCGCGAUGAGGGAAUUAGUAUCGUUGGGAUGAGUGAAGAUACUGAUGUUGUUGAUGAUCUCAGUGCCUCUUAUGAAACACUUCUUUGCUGGGUUUUAGUGGACCCUUUGCAAAGACAUGGAUUUUGCAGUCGAGCUGAUUUUAGCAAGGAGCCUGCAUUCAGUUGGCUGAGCAGACUAUCUGAGGAUGUAAAGAUGGCUGUCAAGAAGUCAAAGAUCCUCUUCUGUAAUGGUUACGGUUUUGACGAGCUUUCUCCCAAGCUGAUUACCUCAGCUCUAGAGUUUGCUGUUGAGGUUGGCACAUCAAUUUUCUUUGAUCCAGGACCACGUGGAAAGAGCCUUUGCAAUGGAACACCUGAAGAACAGAGGGCACUUGGCCAGUGUUUGAGAAUGAGUGAUGUUCUCCUUCUGACAUCUGAUGAGGCUGAAGCAUUGACUGGCAUAAAAAAUCCAAUAAUAGCAGGACAGGAGUUGCUCAAGAAAGGGGUGCGCACAAAAUGGGUGAUUGUUAAGAUGGGAUCAAGGGGUUCAAUUUUAAUAACCAUGUCAAGUAUAUCUUGUGCUCCUGCAUUCAAGGUGAACGUCAUUGACACUGUUGGGUGUGGAGAUAGUUUUGUGGCUGCUAUUGCAUUUGGUUUCAUACACAAUAUGCCCAUGGUUAGUUCAUUAGCAAUCGCAAAUGCAGUUGGUGCUGCAACAGCAAUGGGUUGUGGUGCAGGUAGGAAUGUAGCAACCUUGGAGAAAGUCAUAGAACUAAUGAAGGUGGCUGACCUCAAUGAGGAUGAUAAAUUUUGGAAAGAAAUGCUUCCUGAAAAUUUGGACUCUCAAGAAAUUACAUUCCUCUCAAAAGUUGUCGUAAAUGGAACAAACAACCAGCUGAAACACAUUGCGCUACAGAAGGUGGUCUCCGAAUUGCUGCCAAAGCUUAAUUCUUUAAGCGCUGAUGGAAAAGUGCUAUCUUGAGAGAUUAGGAUGCACAGUAGCUUUUCAGCAAUGGACAUGAUUGUGUUGGAACUAUUUCAAUCCUAUCAGUUCUGUUGGGUUUGGUUGCAUUCAAAAUUCUACUGCCACGAGUGGGACACUAAACACAGAUUGGACUCAUAUCGACCAAAACGGAGGAGGUACUUUUUGGCUAAAGCAAAGCAUGGCUGAAGGUGUUAACAUGGUUGGAGAGCCCUAAUGUUUUCUUUCACCAAGGAUUUUGGUGAUCGUGUUGCUUUACCAUUAUAG